AUGUAUGAAGAAUUUCCACGAAAUGAUCUUUCUCAAACAUCACAGUUGACUAUCAGAUCAUCAAAUAAAUAUACUCUCAAAUUAUGCAUCGUGAUCGUUAUUCUUAUAAUUUGGUCAGCGGCACAAGGAAUAAUUUCAUUUCACAUUGGAUCAAACUUUAAUUCACCAUGUUUAGUUGCAUUUGGUAUUUCUUCUUUCGCACAAAUUGUAAUUAUUCUUUACAUUCAUCACAAACUCUUAACAGAACACUACGAAAGAUCACGAAUCCACACUAUUAUGGAGGCAAUUGAAUUAUUUGAAAUUGAAAUUCACAUCAAUUCUCGUAAAAAAACCGAAAAAUAUAUUAUUUUAUUCGGUAUUAUCAUUUUUAUGAUAUUUGCAACAAUUACUACUUUUAUUGCGUUUUAUGUUAAAUAUCAAGAGAAAGAUCAUCAGAAACCGUUACCACCAGGAACGAUUCCUCCUUUAGAUGAUGAUGUACUACUACCUCUGCAACUGUUAGCAUUUGGUAUAUACGUCUUACAUCCUUAUUUAAUUCUGAUUCCUUCUUUAUGGUAUUUAUCCAUUUCCAAACAAUCCGAAGCGUUGAAAGAAGCAACUGUUUGGUCAGCGUUAUUCUUUUCUAUCGCUUAUCUAGUUUUCAUCAAUUGCCAAUUGGUGUUAUUUAUAGCUUGGAAAUUGCAAGAAGUAGUUUUUACGUUGAUUAUCGCAGUAAUGUUUGUGGUAUUUGCUGUUAAUUUUGGAUGGAUAUAUUGGUGGAGAGGGAAGAUUGAAGGCGAGAUUAGUUAUAGUAAUGAAAUUGAAGAUUUAGAAGAGGAGGAGGAUACCUUUGGGAUUUCAUCCAUCGGACAACUUGUAGUCAUAUUUUAUCUUUAUCAUAAACUCUUGACCGAGCAUUACAUGAAGUCAUAUCUUUCCACCGCUACGGAAACCACGCCUAUCCUAAACAAUAGGAAUGUCUUUAAUGCUCGUAGAAAAACCGAAAAGAGAAUUGCGAUAUGUGGAAUGUUCAUUUUUGUCAUCUUGGCCAUGGUUACGUUGAUAUCUUUGUUUUACAUUAAUAAAAAAAUCGACGAUCACCCCGAUAACCAACCACCACCACCAGGAGGAGACGAUGAUGAUGAUUAUGAAAAGAGACGACCAACUUUAUACAUUUUAUUGUUCUCCGUUUACGCAAUACAUCCCUUUUUCAUAUUGAUUCCCACUUCUUGGUAUUUGUCUUCUAUAACACAUUCUUUGGUGUGGAGGGAAGCGACCAUUUGGACCAUAUUAUUCUUCUUCAUAGCUUAUACACAAUUCAUCAAUAGUCAAUUGUUGUAUUUUGUGACGUGGAAAACUAGGGAAAUGGUUUGCACGUUAUUGAUGGCGAUAUUGUAUCUGAUAUAUGCUGCCAGAUUGGGUUGGAUGUAUUUACGAAGAGGUGGUAACAUUGAGGAUGAAGUCAGACCAACAAUUAAUGCCUAA